AUGGCCGUGCCGCCGCUCCGCCGGGCGCUGCUGCUGUGGCAGCUGCUGGCGGCGGGCGGCGCGGCGCUGGAGAUCGGCCGUUUCGACCCGGAGCGCGGGCGCGGGCCGGCGCCCUGCCAGGCGGUGGAGAUCCCCAUGUGCCGCGGCAUCGGCUACAACCUCACCCGCAUGCCCAACCUGCUGGGCCACACGUCGCAGGGCGAGGCGGCCGCGGAGCUGGCCGAGUUCGCGCCGCUCGUGCAGUACGGCUGCCACAGCCACCUGCGCUUCUUCCUGUGCUCGCUGUACGCGCCCAUGUGCACCGACCAGGUCUCGACGCCCAUCCCCGCCUGCCGGCCCAUGUGCGAGCAGGCGCGCCUGCGCUGCGCGCCCAUCAUGGAGCAGUUCAACUUCGGCUGGCCCGACUCGCUGGACUGCGCCCGGCUGCCCACGCGCAACGACCCGCACGCGCUCUGCAUGGAGGCGCCCGAGAACGCCACGGCCGGCCCCGCCGAGCCCCACAAGGGUCUGGGCAUGCUGCCCGUGGCGCCACGGCCCGCGCGGCCCCCCGGCGACCCCGCCUCGGGCCCGGGGGGAGGCGGCGGCGGCGGCGGCGGCGGCGGCACCUGCGAGAACCCGGAGAAGUUCCAGUACGUGGAGAAGAGCCGCUCGUGCGCGCCGCGCUGCGGGCCCGGCGUCGAGGUGUUCUGGUCGCGGCGCGACAAGGACUUCGCGCUCGUCUGGAUGGCCGUGUGGUCGGCGCUGUGCUUCUUCUCCACGGCCUUCACCGUGCUCACCUUCCUGCUGGAGCCCCACCGCUUCCAGUACCCCGAGCGCCCCAUCAUCUUCCUGUCCAUGUGCUACAACGUCUACUCGCUGGCCUUCCUCAUCCGCGCGGUGGCCGGCGCCCAGAGCGUGGCCUGCGACCAGGAGGCGGGCGCGCUCUACGUGAUCCAGGAGGGGCUGGAGAACACGGGCUGCACCCUCGUCUUCCUGCUGCUCUACUACUUCGGCAUGGCCAGCUCGCUGUGGUGGGUGGUGCUGACCCUCACCUGGUUCCUGGCAGCCGGCAAGAAGUGGGGCCACGAGGCCAUCGAGGCCCAUGGCAGCUACUUCCACAUGGCGGCCUGGGGCCUGCCGGCCCUCAAGACCAUCGUCAUCCUGACGCUGCGCAAGGUGGCCGGGGACGAGCUCACGGGGCUCUGCUACGUGGCCAGCAUGGAUGCGGCUGCACUGACGGGCUUCGUGCUGGUGCCCCUCUCCUGCUACCUGGUGCUGGGCACCAGCUUCCUCCUGACGGGCUUCGUGGCCCUCUUCCACAUCCGCAAGAUCAUGAAGACAGGCGGCACCAACACGGAGAAGCUGGAGAAGCUCAUGGUCAAGAUUGGGGUCUUCUCCAUCCUCUACACGGUGCCUGCCACCUGCGUCAUCGUGUGCUACGUCUAUGAACGCCUCAACAUGGACUUCUGGCGCCUUCGGGCCACAGAGCAGCCCUGCUCGGCAGCCAGCAUGCCCGGCGGCCGGAGGGACUGCUCGCUGCCAGGGGGCUCGGUGCCCACCGUGGCUGUCUUCAUGCUCAAAAUCUUCAUGUCGCUGGUGGUGGGCAUCACCAGCGGCGUCUGGGUAUGGAGCUCCAAGACUUUCCAGACCUGGCAGAGCCUGUGCCACCGCAAGAUGGGAGCUGGCCGGGCCCGGGCAAAGGCCUGCCGGGUGCCCGGGGGCUACGGCCGUGGCACCCACUGCCACUACAAGGCCCCCACCGUGGUCUUGCACAUGACUAAGACGGACCCUUCUCUGGAGAACCCCACGCACCUCUAGGGACACGGGCCUGCGCGGGGCGGCUGUCGCCCCCUCCCGGCCCCUCCUCCGGAGGA